AACUCCACUGGACGCAACUCACUGGACGAACUCACUGGACGCAACUCACUGGACGAACUCACUGGACGAACUCACUGGACGAACUCACUGGACGAACUCACUGGACGGACUUUGCACUCUCUCACUGGACGCACUCACUGGACGGACUCUGCACUCUCUCACUGGACGCACUCACUGGACGGACUCUGCACUCUCCCGCUGAACCCGUCGAUUCUACCGUCUUCCUUCUCUACGAGAACCAAGCACAGCCCAGACAAACCUGCUGCUAGAGCCUAACCCCUUGCCUUAUCUUGCCUCACCCGAAAUCUUUCAUUGAUCCUCUCAAUGAACUUCUUCCCCAAGUUAUCCAAAAAAUCAAAGAAGACCACCCCACCACCAGACGACGACAACACCCACGACCGCACUCCUCGCAACAACAGUAGUCCUCGCCAGAGUCCUUCUCCAAAGAAGUCCUCUAGCUCAUCCUCGAGAUCCAAUCGUCGUGAUUCGAGGGACGAACGCCGACACAGUCACACAACUUCCCACAACAGCGGCUCACGAGGCCCCACCCCAGUCUCGAGAGCCCAUACCUUCGACGCAAAUACACAUCCGCUGAACCUUCCGCCAGACCUGCGACGACUGUCCGCAUUGUCCAACAUGGCCGAACAAAUGCGUUCAGACCCGAUGGAGGUCGACACUGACGUGCACGCACAGCCGUCGUCACCCGCAGAAAAAAUCCCCGCAGCCUUCAAUUCUACUACACCGAAUGGCGCGAACGGCACAACGAACAAGGACAGCAUGGACGUGGAUAGCGGGGCGCCCACGCCUCCACCGCAUAAGAGCCCUCCUACGAGCCCGGUUGCGGCUGCUCCUCCCACGCCAGAGGAGGCGGAAGCUUUCAAGAAUGCUGGAAACAAGCAUUAUAAGGCGAAGGAGUACGGGAAGGCAAUUGAGGAGUAUACCAAAGCCGUCGAGGCAAUGCCGUCAUCCGCAACAUACCUGAACAACCGUGCCGCAGCCUACAUCUCCAAUGCAAACUACGACAAGGCCCUCGAAGACGCCCUACGUGCCAACGAGCUCGAGCCGAACAGCCCUAAAAUCCUACUGAGGUUGGCACGCAUUUACACAAACCUGGGCAGGCCGGAGGAGGCAUUAAGCACAUACGACCAGAUCCAGCCCCCUCCAUCAGCAAAGGAUGUAGCACCAGCCAAGGCAAUGAAGCAGCACAUCUCAGUAGCAGAAGAUGCGCUGAAGCACGGCACAACCGGCUCGAUGGCCUUGCACGCCCUCGACCAGGCAGAGAAGUUCCUCGGUGUCGGUGCACAGAAGCCCAGAAAAUGGCAGCUGAUGCGCGGAGAGGCGUACCUCAAGAUGGGCAAUGUGAACGCCCUCGGAGACGCCCAGAACGUUGCCAUGUCGCUGCUGAGGAGCAACAAAUCCGACCCCGAGGCAUUAGUGCUGCGAGGAAGGGCCCUGUACGCACAAGGCGACAACGAGAAGGCCAUCCAGCACUUCCGCCAAGCACUGAACUGCGACCCCGACUACCGCGACGCCGUCAAGUACCUGCGCAUAGUGCAGAAGCUGGACCGCAUGAAGUCGGACGGAAACGCAGACUACAAGCUCGGGCACUGGCAGACGGCGCUGGACAAGUACACCGAGGCGCUAGAGGUGGACCCGCUCAACAAGGGCACCAACUCCAAGCUCCUCCAGAACCGCGCGCUGUGCCGCAUCAAGCUGACGGACUACGAGGGCGCCAUCGCCGACUGCGAGUCCGCGCUGCGCCUCGACUCCUCCUACACCAAGGCGCGCAAGACGAAGGCCAUCGCGCUCGGCCAAUCGGGCAACUGGGAAGAAGCCGUCCGGGAGCUGAAAGUGCUCGCGGAAUCUGACCCUUCCGACACCACCCUGCCCAAGGAGGUCCGGAAGGCGGAACUGGAGCUCAAGAAGAGCAGGCGCAAGGAUUACUACAAGAUCCUUGGAAUCGAGAAGGAGGCCAAUGAGACGGAGAUCAAGAAGGCGUACCGCAAACUCGCUAUCGUGCAUCACCCUGACAAGAACCCCGAUGAUAAGGACGCAGAGGACCGCUUUAAGGAUAUCGGCGAGGCGUACGAGACGCUCAGCGAUCCGCAAAAGCGCGCUAAGUACGAUAGCGGCGAGGACCUCAUGGAUCCCGCUGAUAUGUUUGGCGGCGGCGGAUUCGGGGGUGGAGGUUUCGGUGGCGGCGGCGGAAUGGGAGGGAUCGAUCCAGAGAUCUUGUUCCAGAUGAUGAAUGGUGGUGGUGGUGGCGGAUUCGGCGGCGGUGGAAGGGGUGGUGGGUUCCCUGGCGGUGGGUUCUCAGGGGGUGGAGGUGGUGGGCAGCACUUCCAUUUCGGAUAGCCACCAACUACUACUACUCCAACAACACCGUCGAGUUCGGAGGAUGAGAGCACCGGCGGCGGCGGUGGCGGCGGCGGUGUAGGCGAUAGAGCGGGAAAACGGACGCGCUCACACUGGGAAGCGCCGGAGAGGGACCAGAUGGACGGCACGUGGCGCGAUAAUCGCAUAAAGCGCUUCCGCCAGUUCGGCUUCGUGCUCCUGGGCGUGCUGGCGUUCUUACCGCUCGAAGUCGUGCUGGGGCUCGCGGGGCUGGCGGCGGCUGCGUUGGCGGUGUCGAGGGAUUUGAGGAUGUGGAUUGUACGUUGAUGGUGUGGGCGUGUUUCUGCUCGGAUUUUGGGAUUUUUAAAGGGCGGGAUGGGCUACCUACCAUUUUGGCUUUUGUUUACUACAACUGGUUGGGAGGGGAGAAGUACAGUGUGUUUGGGAAGGAUGGGGAGCAAGCAUACGGAUACACAUACAUGCAUCAUGGGUUGCAUUGCAUUAUAGAGAUUUCUAAGGAACU